AAUGUGUAGAAUCCCCCUCCACAAAAACAAAAAUUAACAGAAAAUAAUCCCCCUCAAACUACCAAUACCAACACCAUCACCAAAAAAAAAAAAAAAUACCAAACUUUAAAAAAAAUAAAAACCAACUCAAAUCACACCUUCCUCCAAUCCGAGUAGUUUUAUUAUCUUAAAACUCAAUAUGUUUUGUAUUUGUGUGAGUGUCUUAAUUGUUUGGUAAAGAAUACAAAAUAUAAACAAAAAAAAAAAAGCUCAAAAGCUUUGCAAGCCGUUUUGUGGAAGUUGCUUAAGGCUUUUGGUGUGUGUGUGUGUUUUGUUUUGGAGAGCAGACUUCGUUGCAUUUCUGGAUUGUUUUUCUAUCGACCGUUGGCUGUGACGAAGCACAAUUAUGCGCCAUGCCAAAACUGAGGCAUUACAUGUCCAUGGAUCAACCGUCCGCGACCACCAUCAGGAAAAAGACGAUGACGGCAAUAUGCUUUGUGUGCAAUUUGCCCAUAAUGUCCCAUCAGGUGGGCCUGGUGUGGUCCGGGGGCAAUGGCUGGGAUGAUCUUGUCAGAGAGCAGCUGGAAGAAUCGACGAUACGGCAAAGAUUGGGUGGCCGGCGGGAUUCAGCAGCACAAAUCAAUACGCCUCCUAGUACCUCACCGCCACCGGGUCUCCAACGUCGUCGCCGCAGUUCCCUGGCCCAGCUGACAGAUUUGCUACGCGAAUGGAGCGGUGGCGUCAAACAUCAAAGCACCCAGCCCCAGCGCAGCACCAAGGCCCCCCUGAAUCGUCGUGAAACCUUGGCCGAUUUGGCCCGAAGUUUACCCUGGCGCACCACCACCACAGAUGCCUCAACAAAUGUGGGAGGCUCUAAUUAUGUGGCCCCAAGGAAGCGACGUGAAUCCAGUGCCGAAUCGGGUCUGAGGAGUGCCCGACCACGCCGUGAUUCGAACACUACAGAGUUUGUUAAACACUGGAAUCGCCGUGAGAGUACCGUCGACGAACCAGCCCCUGUCUCGGUGUCCGUUGUGGUGGAAAGUUCCAAGGGGAGCUCUCGUCGAGAUUCGGGCGAGAGUAACAACUCCAGCCGUCGUGAUAGUUCCAUUGGUCGCAUUUACACACCAUCAACAACACCACCUCCUCCACCGCGCAUCGGUGUCAGUCCGGUCAAGCGGGACUCACUGGCCGCACCCGAAUUCCCCAAUUUCCGUUAUGAGCAACGACCCUCCACAAGUUCGGCAGGUUCCGAUUCAAUACAAUAUUUUUCUACUUCUUCCCACAAUCAGGUCGACUCCAGUUGCCAGGCCCUGCCACCGCCCACGAUCAUCACAAGUUCGGUAACACCACCGGCCACAAGUCCCACAGCGCCAAAGGGCCGAAGGGACUCGACGACCCAGUGUGGCCGUGUUAAUCGCAGAGAUUCCAAGGCUGGCAUUAGCCCUGAGAGGGCACCACGUUUGCAGCGUCUGCAGAGACAAGCCACGGCCUUUGAUGAGAGUUGUCUGCCGGGUGGUAGCCGCAGGGGAUCCCAGCCGGCCCUAAGCCCUGAUCCGCCAGAGGAGGGCCAGCGGCGUAGCUCACGGCGCGAUUCCCUAAGCCCCGACAGUGCUUCACGUGGCCGCAGAGAUUCAAGAACCCAUCUCUCGCCCGAUCGCAGUCAUGAACGUGAGGGAAGUCCCCAUCGCCGUCAUGCAUUGCGGAGGCAAAGCUCCUCGGCGGCACGUAGCUCACGUUCACCCGAUUCGACAAGUAUAUGUUCCUCGAGAGAUGCCAGUCCCUGUGGGCGGGCACCACCGCUGCCUGUUACGGAAAAUUCCUCAGCCAGACCUGCCAUUAGACGUCAAUCGACAACGGAAGAGAUCCUUAUAUCUCGUGGUUUUAGGCGGCAGUCCACAACGGAGGAGAUGAUCAGGUGUCGGAAUUUUCGUCGCCAGUCAUCGCAGAGUGAUGAUGUUUGUCGCUAUCGCGGCCGUAGAGACUCCAGUGCCCAAAUCAUUGAUGGCACCAUUGGCACCAUGACCGUGGAGACCACCAGCACAUUUUUCGAUUCCAGCACUCAGACAGAACCUUCACCACUCUAUGAUAACAAUCAUUAUCAUGAGGAAUGUUUACGCUGCAAUUCCUGUGGUCUGAAUUUGACUGGGCGCAAUCAGAAAAGGGCCAGACGAUUCAAGAACCAUAUUCUCUGCGACCUGCACUUUGCAGACGUUGCCCUCAUGGAGUGCUCCGAUUUUAUGCAACAGCUGAGAAGCUUUAAACCCCAGUCAUUAGGUUGUGCUGUUGCUCGUCGCAAAAGUUCGACAACAUUAAUAUUUCCACUGCCACCGCAGGCAUGUUCAGAUGAAUUCUGCGAAGAAUAUCCCCACAAUUUAAUGCCCACACCCGGUUAUUGGAUUGAAUGUUCCCGCCAAAAAAUCUCCAUGCCCACAAAUCACACGAUAUGGGACGAAAGUGAUUCGGAACACGAGGAUGUGGGAAGGGGUGGAAAUACUAGUGAUGCUUAUUUGGAGCGCGAAUGCAGCGAUCUCUAUGAAGAUGAUGAGGAUUCGGAGGCAACACCAAGUCCUAGGAAAAAGACCACCAUCGAGGAGCAGUGGGAACAAAAUGGCGCCUUUGAGCUGAUCUCCGUGGAACAGGAGACCUAUGAGAAGUAUUUCUUUGGCCAUGAACAUUGGAAUUAUUUUACCAGCGACGAGGAUCUGGGUCCGGUGAUUUUGUCCAUCAAACAGGAGACCCUGAAUGGGCGAGAUCAGUUUCGUAUCCUAGUGAGGGCUGGCUCCUAUACGGUUCAUGGUCUGAUACCUGCCUCUUGUGUUUUUGCUGAUAGAUACAACCGCGAAGAAGUGGUUAGAUCUCUGGGCAAAGAAGUGAAUCUAAAUCCACCCUUGACAUUGGGUCAACUGCCGGACACCCCCGAGGAAUUGCUGAAAUUGGAUCAGGUUUUCAUAAAAUCCGAACUCAAAGUCGGCGUUAUCUAUGUCAAGGAGGACCAAUACACGGAAGAACAAAUUUUGGACAAUAAUGAAAAUUCCCUGCUCUUUGAUGAAUUCCUGACCCUGCUGGGUGAUCGCGUACGCCUGAAGGGUUUUGACAAAUACAAAGGUGGCCUUGAUACAGUACAUGAUUUAACAGGACUGUAUUCUGUAUAUACAAACUGGCGUAAUAUAGAGAUCAUGUUCCAUGUCUCUACACUAUUGCCUUAUGAGAAACACGACCCCCAGAAACUGCAGCGGAAACGUCACAUCGGCAAUGACAUUGUGUGUGUGGUGUUUUUGGAGGCAGACAAUACCCGCUUUAGUCCGGCCUGUAUAAAGAGUCAUUUUUUGCACACGUUUAUUUUGGUGCGAGUCUCGGCUAGAAUAAAACACAAACCAACCCGUUAUGAAGUCUCAGUAGUGACCAGAGACGAAGUGGGUGCCUACAAGCCAUAUUUAUGGGAACAAUCGGUAUUCGAAAAAGGACCAAUGUGCAGAGAAUGGCUCCUAACGAAAAUCGUUAACGGUGAACGUGCCUCAUAUUCAGCGCCGAAAUUCGCACGCAUGCAGGAGCGCACCCGCUCCCAAAUGCUCGAAGAUCUGGUAAUGAAUUUAUCGAAUCAUGCUGAGACCGGACAAAUACCGAAACCCUAUCGCCGCGGCUCGUGGCGGCCAAUUGGUCACAUGCGACCCUCCUCCCCUCUGCUGGACUCCGUUCGCGAUCAAUUUGAGGACUACGAUCAGUUGGCGAAAGAUUUUACCCGUGUAUUUUUGAAUUCAGAACCAUCGUGCCUACAAAAUGCCCAUCUGUUCGAUGUCACCUUUUUGGUGGGCCAGUCGAAACAGAAAGCCCGCUUCAUUGGCGUAAGGGCCAUACUGGGUGUGAGAAGUCGAGUGUUUCAGGAAAUGCUCUAUGGCAUCCAAACCGGUUUCGGCUCACCCCAAAUACCCGUUGCUGAAAUAUUUGCCCGACCGGCACCCUCUCUGGUUUCACCGCAAAAUCAAAAACCCAAAAGUAACAACUAUCUCACCGUGCCCGAUUCCGAUUCGAUACGACCGAAAAGUGUACCCUCCUCGCCCAUGGUAAAGAGGGCCUUUUCCCGCCUCGGCACCAUCACUGCCGGCUGGGGUCGUUCGAUACGCAACAAGAACACCAAUCAGCUGAAUCCCGAGGACAAAAAGAAGUGGAUCUCGUCAACGGAUUGUUCGAACAGGGAUAGCAAAGAAAAAGACAAGGAUAAAUCAGGUAAUAAUCUGGCUGUGCCUAGACUCUCGGUGUGUGCCGAUGCCCAGAAGGUGGAUCGAGCGAAGUUGGCCCAAACCGAGUUUACAAUCAUUGAAUUCGAUCCGGAAACAUUUAGGGUGCUGUUGGACUAUCUGCAUACGGGGACAUGUCCUUUGACAUGUGUCUCAAUACCAGGUCUCCUCUGUGCUGCCGAACAUUAUGAUUUACCCGAACUGCUGCAGGCCUGUUUUCACCACUGCAAACAAUUCCUACGCAUCGAGGUCGUCUGUCCCAUGUUAAUAUCCUUGGAGAACUACUAUUGGCGUUACACUUCCGCUUCCGAAUUGGUCAACAUGAUCUUGUCCUUUGUGGAGAACAAAGCCCAUGCCCUCUUCAAGUGUCCCGAAUUCCUUAAUCUGUCCGAGUCCAUGGUCCAGAUGAUCAUGUGCCGCGAGCUGCAAUGUCCCGAGAUCCGUAAAUUCGAGGCCAUGUUGGCCUGGGCUAAACACAAGGUGUCCAAGAUGAAGGUCCAUCCCAACAAGGACACCCAAUUCGAGUUCGAGUGCAUCAUGGAACGUCUGACGCGUGACCUAAAUCUGUGUCGCAUUUCACCCAGUGAACUGCUGUCGAUUGUCCUGCCCUCGAAGGCGUUGAAAAAUGAAUGCAUCAUGGAAACGCUCAUGAUGCAGGUGAAUUUGGGCACGUACCGUAUGCAGGAACUGGAUGAGUAUCGCCAACAGUUGCGCAGCCAAGAAUCUGCCGAGGCAGAAGUCCAUCAUCGGGGUGGAUGAGAUAGUAAGAAUGUUAGUUUCGAUAUUGAUCGUGGCGGUGGCAGUGGGGCAAGUGGUGGAGAUGUUUCAAACGCUUAUGAUUCCACGGCCGAUGAUGAAGUGGAAUUUUACACCGAUUUUGAUGCAAAUCCCACCACGAGCCGGGUGGCUGCACAAAUGCAGGCGGCCAAAGAGGCAAGGCGGAGACGCUGGGCGGGUGAUGGGGCCUCGGCGGGUAGUACGGAUUGUGGGAAGAAAUUUUAAGGGAAAGAAACAUAAUUUGAAAAUUAAAAGAAACUAAGAGAGAAUGCGAGAGAGAGAGAGGUGCGUGAAGUCCUUCUACAAAUAA